AUGAGUCGGUCGCCUGCGUCCUCGGGGCUGCUGCCAAUGCCUGGCUCGCCUUCCUCGUCCUGGGCCAUCUACCAAGCCCGCGUGGCCGCCAUCUUUCGGAACACCGACAACGCGGUCCUCGCAGCCUUCUGGCUGUUUGGCCUUAUCAACAAUGUGCUCUACGUGAUUAUCCUUUCUGCGGCCCAGGACCUGGUCGGUUCCGAUGUCCCGAAAGGCGUCGUGCUCCUCGCCGACGUCUUGCCUUCCUUCUUCACGAAACUCGUCGCGCCCUACUUCAUACACAGGGUUCCCUACUGGGUUCGAAUCAUCUUUUUCGCCGCCGGAUCCUCCUUGGGGAUGCUCCUCAUCGCCCUGACGCCGCCGGACAAAUCGGUCGGGAUCAAGAUGGCUGGCGUAGUCUUCGCCAGUCUCACGAGCGGAGGGGGCGAGCUCAGUUUCUUGGGCUUGACGCAUUAUUACGGACAUAUGAGCCUGGCAGCAUGGGGUAGUGGCACCGGUGCGGCAGGCCUCGUUGGAGCUGGGCUCUAUGCCAUGUUCACCAACUGGUUCGAGUUCAGCGUAAAGAGCAGCUUGCUGUCGUCGGCCUUCCUCCCCGCCUUCAUGCUGAUCAGCUUCUUUGUCAUACUACCCAGGGGGCCUCUCCGCGAAGCUGCAAAGACUAAAGAGUAUCAGACUUUACCUGGGAGCGACCUCGAGCAGGAAGAUGUCGAGGGCCUGCCCACCGAUAAUGCCGCCGCGAGUCUGCUCUCCCCAGGGCCGGCCGUUGCCGCGACAGCUUUAUCGGCCGACGGCGGCGACUCCUUGUCAAAAUUUGGCGCAAAUUUUCGACGCGCCAGGUCAUUAUUCUUCCCGUAUAUGCUUCCUCUGCUGUUGGUCUACGUCGCCGAGUACACCAUCAACCAGGGGGUAUCACCGACGUUGCUCUUCCCCGUAGAGAGCUCGCCAUUCACCGAGCUGAGAGCAUUCUACCCAAUGUAUGGCUUUCUCUACCAGCUUGGCGUCUUUAUCUCACGUUCUUCGAUUGCCUUCAUCCGCAUCCGCCAUCUGUACUUACCCUCUUUCCUCCAGGUAGGCAACCUUGUCUUGCUUACCUUGCAUGCGCUGUUCUUCUUUAUCCCAAGUGUCUACAUCGUGUUCCUUGUCAUAUUCUGGGAGGGCCUUCUUGGCGGUGCUGUGUACGUCAACACCUUUGCUGAGAUUAUGGAGACGGUACCGUCUGCGGAACGCGAGUUCAGUCUCGGCGCCACCAGCGUAAGCGACAGUGCAGGUAUCUGCUUAGCUGGCUUCAUUGGCAUGUCCAUCGAACCAGCGUUGUGCAACUAUCAAGUCCAGCACGGAAGGGACUGGUGCAAGAAGAUCAAGGUUAGCUAG